CCCGUGUGACGCGGGUCACCGGCAUCGUGACCGAACUCGAAGCCGCCAAGUCAACGCUUGAGGCGCAGGUUAAAACCGGCACUGCUGCACUAGUCGAAGCGCCAAAAGUUAGCGUCGUCGCCGGCAUUUGCAUAUGGCUGUCCUCACCAGCCUACCCAAUGCUGCUAGCGUGUCGGCCACCCUCGCCGGCAAGCCCAACAUUGUGCUAUUCCUCCAGGACGACCAGGACUUCCUCGAGGGCCGCGCCUCGCUGCGGCCUUUGCCAAAGGCACUCUCCCUCAUCGGCGACCGUGGUGCAUUCGCAGAGAACUGGUUCGUGCACACUCCAGUCUGCUGCCCGAGCCGCGCCGAGCUGCUCACGGGCCGCUAUUUUCACAACCUGCGGAUGCCGAGCGGCGGCGGCGGCGGAUGCAUGCACGUCCAGACCGGUGUCGCUGGCCGCGAGGACAAGGCGAAUGCUCACUCGUUUGCAAAGCACCUCGUGCGAGAGGCGGGCUACACGGCGGGCUGGUUCGGCAAGCACCUCAACGCCUGUCCACACGAGCCGCCGCCUGGCUACGACUGCCCCACCUGCCGCUGGUUUGCAAACGGCGGCGCCGAGGACACCGAGCCGGGAGGCUACCUCGGCUGCAGCUUCUCCGACUUUGCGGGCGGUGUGCCCUCGAACGGCACCUACAGCCGAAACGGGACGUACCGGUCAUGGCGGCCCGGCGCCCCGACGGCGGGCGGCUUGCGGCUACCGCAGCACGGCGGCUACGUCACAUCGAUCAUCGCAAACCUGUCGCUCGAGUGGCUGCAGACGGUCGGCGGCAGCCGCGCGCCCCGCGACGCAGACGGCGCUCUGCUGACGCCCUUCGUGCUGACGGUGGCACCAAAGGCGCCGCACUACCCCGCCACGCCCGCCCCGUGGUACGAGGAAGGCACCUGGGUGGACGAGGAGCGCGUGCGCGCCCCGCGGACCGCGUCCUUCGGAGUCGCUCCCUCGCGGCUGGCAGAUCACCACGGCAUGAUCGCGGGCCAGGGGCCGCUGCUGCCGCACGAGGCCCUCCUCUCCGUCGAUGACGCCAUCGCCGCCGUCGCGGCGUCGCUCGAGUCGCUCCGCCUCUGGCGCUGGACGUACUUCUUCGUGACGUCCGACCAUGGGUACAACCUCGGCCAGCACAACCUCCCCUCGUGCAAGCUCUCCGUGUACGACCACUCGAUCCGCGUGCCCAUGCUCCUCCGUGGGCCGGGCGUCUCGCCGCAGUCCUUCGCCGAGGUCGGGUCCAACGUCGACCUCGCGCCAACCUUCCUCUCCCUCGCCGGGCUCGACCCCCCCUCCGCCCCUGGCCCGCCGAUGGACGGCGUCUCGCUGCUGCCGUGGCUGCUCGCCGCCGCCGCCCCCGCCGACCUCCCCGCCGCCACGCGGCAGCACACCUCCCGAGGCGGCAGCCCGGACGCAGCCUUCCCCCGAGCCUUCCGGGAGCCUUCCUCUAGGAAGCAGCUCGCGCGCGAGGCUGUCGAGUUCUUCUCGCUCGGCAACCUGACGGUCUGCGGCGGCGGCACACCAAACGGCUCGGCGGCCGGCGCGCCGCCCGCCGCGGCCGCGCCGCACGCCAUCAGGGGCAGCACGUGCCAGGGCGACCGCGACGACACCCAGGGUUACUGCCACAUGCCGUGCCCGCACACGCGAACCGGCGCGAUGCCGCUCAACGCCACCUGCGACCUGCGUGCCUGCACGAACGCCACGUGCUGCGGCGCGAGCGGCACGGAGUUCUCCUCGCUCGAGGGGAUGCGGUGCGGCGCUGGCCACCCUCCAGGAUCACUUCCCUUCAACACGUCGCUCGACCCGGGCCACCGUUGCGACUGCACCGAGACGAACACAUACCGCGCCCUGCGCUUCGUCGACCCCGGCGGCCACGGGGAUCUGCUCUACGCCGAGUUCACGCGGCUGAGCGACUACAACUUCACAGCGGCCGACAUCUUCGUCGAGAUCUUCAAUCUCGCCACCGACCCGGGGCAGCUGCACAACCUGGCUCCCCGCACCUCGGCCGCGGACCUCGCGUUCUACCGAGAGACUGCACAGAGGCAGUUCCGGUGCAGCGGUCAGGAGUGCGUUGAUCUCGGCCGUGCGGCGACGCGUCCGACCAUGAAAUGGUAAACCCGUACAACCC